AUGGCAGCCACCACAAUCGCCGCUAGCCAAUUUAAGGUUGUCGCUCUCAGUGGCCUCGUCAGCAGGCAGGAGCAAUGCGCUGCUCGCGUGGCGCUCGCUCCGUUGAGUGUGAAGACGCGCACUGCCUCCGUGCAGGCACAGCCUUUGGAGAGGGCUCAAGUCGUCGUCGCCCGGGCUCAGGCGUCUUCAGCUGAUGUUGCCAAGAAGCAGGCUGAGUCUGCCUCAACCACGAGCACGACGUACCACUUCAUUGUGGCGAACGCCAAGUUUAUGCUGGAUGAGGAGGAGCACUUCCAGGAGCAGCUCAAGGAGCGACUCAGGUGGCUGCACGAGCAGGGACGCCCGCAGGACUUCUGGCUCGUGUACGAGCCCGAGUUCCUCGAGAGCUUCCCCGAGAUCGCCAAGCGAGUGAACAGGCCGGCAGUGGCUCUUGUCACCACCGACGCUGUUUGGAUGACAUUCAUGAAGCUGAGAUUGGACCGUGUUCUCAGGGGCGAGUUCGAGUGUGACUCCCUGGACGAGGCCUUGAAAUCACUUCCCAUUGAGAACAACUACAAGCCUGCCAAGUGGGACGCCCCUUAUCCCAAGUAUCAGUCGGACUGGUGGACACCGUAUGCCGCUCCCUCGGUUUCUGGGAGGUCUUGA